AUGCAAGCGAGUUCAGAAACCGUUGAGGAACUAUUCUCUGAUUUCAAAGGCAGUGCAAUGGCCAUGUUGGUACCGCCAUUGGCAGUGGUGGCGAGCGAACUAAUGAUGGCAUCGUUACUCAGUGGAUCGAGAUUGUCAGAGUACCUAAAGACAGUGGAUCUCUGGUUGUUCGACAUGAUCAUAAAAUUCCUUUGGCCAGGCAUAUUCAUGUCGGUUGCAAACUCGCCUCUAGCUAUUCCAUUGAUUGGUACACCACCAACCUCUAACAACAACUUGGUGUAUUGUGUUCCAAACACUUGUGCAUUGAUGGUAACAAAUUACAAAGUUUUAUAUUCAACCGCCACAAGAAUUCCUGAUAAUUUAGAUAGAAUUUGUUGGAGUUUAGUUUGUAAGAGAUGGUUUGAUAAUAGAGAUAAAUAUUUAUUGUUCAAUACCGAUGAAAUCAGUUUGAUGUCAAAUUAUAAUAAUUAUAAUAGUGCGGCACCAUUUCAUCUACAAUCAUACAAAUCAAUCUAUUUGAAAUCAAUAGAUAAGAAGAGAGAUUGUAUAUUCAAUAUUGGUUUAGGUUAUCCUUAUUGUCCCAAAUAUGACUAUUCAAUUGAAUAUCGAGCAUUUAAAAAAAUUGAUAGUAUUCCAUCGAAUGUAACUACUGUUAUUUUAGAUGACAAUUUUCUUAGUAAUUCCCGACAUAAUUUAAUCGAUUCCGAACAUCUUUCUAAGCUGUUAUCUCAAUCUCCAAAUGUAAAGGAAUUGCAAAAUUGUAAAACUCUCAAAUACAAAUUACCAGAAGAAAUUCAAACACUUUCUAUCCAUUCAAGGUCUUUUGAAGAGUUGACAGCCAACAACAUUCCACGUGGAAUCAAAAAUAUUACUUUGAAGGUUAACCAUUUCAAACAACAGAUUGGUAGAGGUGUUCUUCCAGAAGGUCUUGAAAGUAUUUGCUUUGGUAGUGAAUAUAGAAUAAAGAUAGAACCAGAUGUACUGCCAUCCUCAUUGAAACAUCUGUAUCUUGAGAGUGAUCUUACCAAACUCAAAAAACAAUCACUUCCAGCCAACCUCGAAGUUCUACAGCUCCCUAAAGAAAAUUCCAUCAAUAAGUUGUUGUUACCAAACACUCUUCAUACAAUAUUAGAGAUAUCAUCCUGCUAUAUACCUACGUUAAUGAAAUUUCCUCAUCUAACAACUCUGUCAUUCUAUGACAGUAGUUCCUCAUUGGAUAUCAAUGAGCUUCCACCAAACUUAACCAACCUGUCAUUCUCAGGUGAUUAUCAACUUAAAUGUGCAAUACCACCAACAAUUACACAUUUGGAUAUUAAAAAUUGUAGAUUUGAGAGUAGUGAAAUAUUACCAAAGACCUCAAACUACAGAUUUGAAAUUCUAAUAUCGCCAAAGUGCCCAGAACUACAAAUGACAAAUGUUCACAUUUCUAAAUUGGCACUUAAUAGUCUCAUUGAUAUCACACCUGGAAUGAUUACACCGGGAAUCGAAUCAUUGGAUCUAUCAAUGACCACCAGUAAAAUCUACGUUGGAUCAAUACCAGAGUCAGUGAAACACUUGUCAUUAAAUAUGACUACUGAGAAUUAUCAUAAUGUCAUCCCGGAAACAGUUGAAACACUCGAGUUGCACAGAACCGAUUCACUAACAGCUAACAGCAUUCCAAAAACAUUGAAAACCUUGAUCAUACCGUUUUCAAAAUCAACACUUCAGUUCAUUCCUCGACCACUUCCACCAAACAUCAUCUUUUGUGAAACCAAUCUCCAACACGCAUCUCAUAUAAGAAAACUUGAUCACCAAUAUUAUCUAUUGUUUGGCAAACCAAUCGAAGAAGUCGAUGGAGAGAUUACUAGUGAACAACCAGCUUUUCAUUUCACAACAGCAAUCUUUCAUGAAUCUGAAUUCAUUGAUCUACUUUCACGUGAAUCAAAGAAACCAAACCCAUUUAACUACUUUAACCUAAAUCAAUUUUUUAUAAAUAAAUAA